CUGGGUACGAGAGGACUGUGUGGUGCCACAGAAGUGCGCUGGGCUGACAAGAAUCAGACGACAGACGACACAGAUCCAACAUGAAGGCCGUUCUGGGGUUGUUCCUUGUGUGCCUGGUGGCGCUCACACAGGCCAUGGUUCCAACAAACCGCUACAUGCGCUGCAGUGCCGAUACGGACUGUAAGGCGUCGCAGUGUUGCCUGGACAUCGGCAUCAACGAGCAAGUGUACGCAUGCAAGGAGAUUGGGACCCACGGAGCGCCGUGUGCCCUGGAUGGCAAUAGCAGGUACUUCUGCCCCUGUGAGCUCGGGUUGACAUGCAGGCCACGUGACCCUGAGAAGUGGGAGUUCUUCAUCGCCCGCUAUUACAUGAGCCAGGACGAGCUCAACAACCUCGGACUGUGCAAGGAGUGAACGUCACUUCCGCUGGACUAACGUCACUUCCGGCCAGACAUGUCCUCGCGCUGACAGGCCUAGUGACGUCAUGCUAACGGGGGAAGACAUUGUGUUCAAACUUAAACACUGGUCACUAUUGAUUUGGAUUGACGUUGCAAAUUUUGGACAUUUCCAGAAAUUUGCUUGGUCACCAACAAAUUCGUUUGGUCAAAUUUUCAGUGAUUCACAUGAUAUAUAGUGAAGUGUGUCCAUGUGAACGACACCUAAACCUUUAUUGUAUGUGAAUUAUAAGGCAUCCAAGAUGGUAGCCUUGAGAGUCAGAAAAUGACAUUCCAGAUUCAUAGUGACCAGUGUUUAAAGCAAAGGCCUUAUCCUGGUUGCGUCUGAACUUAACUGCAUGCUUACUUUUCUUAUUACCUUCAAUCCUUGUACGUAGAGAAACUUUGAGA